CGUAGGCCUACUUCCAAUUGGAUCAACCAAUCAGUACUUGCCAAAAAAAGUUGGGUUCUAUUUCUGUACGACAUGAUGAAAAGCUCGGGGAGUACUGACAUAAAGAACUUAUAUAAUCAAUGUAAAAAGGAGUACAAGAGUGAACUAAAAUCAGCCAAACUGGUGGCAAAUAUGAAGUUUAUUGAAGGCUCAGCAAAUAAAUGUUCCGCUGCUUGGAAGAUCAUAAAGAAGGUUACCACCCCCAGCCUAUCUAGAGUGCCUGAAGUAACUCCGGACCAGUUGAAUGAGUACUUUGUGGAAACGGUGCAGUCCCUUAGAGAAGAGAUGGAAGAUCCUGGAGUAUCUGCAUUGGAGUUGCUGGAGAGGUGCCCCUCCCCUACCUGCAGAUUCGAGGUUGAACUGGCUUCUUGUGACCAGGUGCUGGAUGCUGUGAAGGAUAUGAAGACAUCGAGAUCACGAAACCUGGAGAUCCGCCAGUUUAAGCGGAAACUACAAGAGAUGCUAUUGGCGCAUCCUUUGUAUGCUUUAAAAGAAUUUUUUGAAAUUCCUACAGCUGUUGUAAGUAGAUGCUUUUGAUUGCUUUUGCUGUGCCUG